AUGUCUGCGCUCUCUGCUUUGCUGUUGCUCUCUCUCGGGGUUAUCCUGGCGUGGAUGCUCUUCUUCGGGAGGAUGAGUUCCGACUCUUUUAGACAGCGGAACGAACCACCUCUAGACCGGGGACUUGUUCCAUGGUUGGGUCACGCGCUGGAAUUCGGGGGAGAUGCUUCCAAGUUUCUGUCGAAGAUGAAGAAGAAAUACGGAGAUAUAUUCACUGUCCAGGUUGCCGGACGUUUCAUCACGGUACUUUUGGACCCUCAUUCUUACGACCAUGUCGUUUGGGAAUCCCACGCCAAGCUGGAUUUCGAAAAAUACGCCAACAUUUUAAUGGAAAGAAUGUUCGAUCUCCAACUGCCGAACUACGACAUGAAGGCAGAAAAAUCUACGUUAAAAAUGCAUUUACAAAAACAGAAUUUACCCAGCCUUACAAGAUCAAUGUUUCACAAUCUCAACACCAUAAUAGGACAUAAAGCGUUAGCAGCCGCGGAAUGGAAAGAGGAAGGAUUAUUUGAUUUCGCAUACAGCGUGAUGCUCAGGGCCGGGUAUUUAACUCUUUUUGGAUCCGAGUCCAGUCGGUACACUAAUUCACACGGGAACCUGAAGGACGUCCAGCAUUCUGAAGAAGUCUACAAAGAAUUUCGGAAACUGGAUCGACUCUUGAUGAAGGCAGCUCGUAACAUGCUCUCUGCGGAGGAAAAGCAGAAAGCGGCCUCCAUAAAGAAGCGCCUCUGGCAACUGCUGGAUAGCGAAAGCCUCAAAAGGAAACCAAAUAAAAGUAGUUGGAUGGAAAGCUAUCAGCGCCACCUAGAGGAAAACCAGGUUACUCCAGAAAUGCAGUCGAGGGCUAUGGUCCUGCAGCUUUGGGCUACACAGGGUAACGCGGGUCCUGCGGCUUUCUGGCUCCUCGUUUUCUUGCUCAAGCAUCCCGAAGCCUUGUUUGCUGUGAAACGGGAAUUAGAAGAAGUUUUUCAAAAUAUAGGAACCACAAUGGAGCAUCUGGAAGAUAUUGACCAAGAGACCCUGGACAACACAGCCAUUUUUGACAGCGUAUUUAACGAGUGCCUACGUCUGACAGCCGCACCAUUUAUCACCAGGGAAGUCCUUGUGGAUAUGUCUCUGAAACUGGCAGAUGGCCGGGAGUACCGGCUGCGACGCGGAGACAGGCUCUGUCUUUUCCCGUACGUGAGCCCCCAGAUGGAUCCAGAAAUCCACCAGCAGCCCGAGAAAUUCAAAUAUGACCGGUUCCUGAACCCUGAUGGAACCAGAAAACAGGACUUCUACAAAUCGGGGAAACAAUUGCGUCAUUCCACCAUGCCGUGGGGAGCCGGGAGUAACAUCUGUAUUGGGAAGUCUCAUGCAGUCAACAGCAUCAAACAGUUUGUCUUUUUCUUGUUCCACCAUUUUGACUUUGAACUCCGGAACUCCAGUGAUGAGAUUCCAAGAUUUGAUAAAAGUCGAUACGGGUUUGGGGUUAUGCAGCCUGAGAAUGAUAUCAUCUUUCGAUACCGACGGAAGUUCCUCAUUCAUGAAUAG